AUGGGUGUGAUUCGGCGAGUUGCAUGCGCGGUUUCUGGCGGUGUUGAUAGUGCUGUUUCGGCAUAUUUACUUAGCAAGAAAGGUUUCGAUGUUGUUGGUGUCUACAUGAUUAACUGGGAUAAUGUAGAAGAAGGUACCACUACUUGUCCGAGGACAAAAGAUGAGGCAGAUGCAUAUGAAGUUUGUCGGAAGUUGGACAUAAAAUGUUAUACCGUGAACUUUGUUCAAGAGUAUUGGAAUCACAUCUUUUCGUAUGCUUUACUGGUCAAUUAUUUGCUGAAAAAUUACGUGGAAGGAAGGACAGUGGUUCCUGAUAUUCUUUGUAAUAAUAUUAUUAAGUUUGAUUUGCUUCAUAAAUAUGCUUUUGAAAAGCUUCACGUUGAUGCUGUUGCAACUGGUCAUUUUGUACGCACAACCUGUGGCAAUUAUCUGGAAGAAGGAGAUCCGAAAAAUGGUGUCAGAUUGUUGACUGGACUUGAUCCAUUGAAAGAUCAGUCAUAUUUUUUGUGCGGUCUGACGCAGUCUCAACUGAAACGUUCAAUGUUUCCAGUUGGCAGUCUAAUCAAAACUCAAGUUCGUUCAAUAGCAAAAAGUGCUGGGUUAAGUGUUUGGGACAAAGCCGAGAGCAUGGGAAUUUGUUUCAUCGGAAAACGAAAGAACUUUAGUUCCUUCCUUGAUCAGUACCUGGAAAAAAAUGAAGGUGUGAUAAGAAAUGUGGAAGACGGAAACGAGUUAGCAAAACACAAUGGCAUCCACCAUUUCAAUAUUGGGAAACGUAUCCAGGUUGAUCCAUCUGUAUGUCAGUUUUCUAUGGGCUUUUACGUAACUUCGUUAGAUUAUCGGUCCAAAACAGUGUGGGCAUGUAAUGGAGUGAAUCACCCAAGUCUUUAUGCAAAAGAGUUUAUUAUAAAAGAGCCAUCGUGGAUUGCUGACUCUCCCUUCCAAAAUUCAAACACUGCAACAGUGGACUUUCGAUGUCAAAGGACUCAUCCUGCAUUUCGAUGCACAAUAAUUUUAUGUCCUGAUGGUAACUUAAGGGUCCUGCCAAAAAAUCCUGUAAGAGCAGCAGCACCGGGACAAAUGUGCGUAAUAUACCGUGGUGAGGAAUGUCUCGGAGGAAGCGAGAUACUAGAAAUAAAUAAGUUUAUUUGCUUCGUUUCAUCAAAAUGUAUACAUCGUUUUGAAAAUGUGAGUGCUUGCGCUACAGCAGGAUUGAUUGGUGGGAAUAAUGCAGGAAAUGGUUGGGGUACAACAGGUACCCCUAACGGCUCAGCCAGUGGAGGCGAUACUGGUAAGGGCAAUGGGUUUGCUGGAGGUACCAGAGGAACUGCUGCAGGUAAAGGUAACGGUAGAGGUCCAAUAGGAACUGGAGGAGCGAGCGGUAACGGUAGAGGAGUUCGAACUGAAGGAAGUGGGAAUGGACCGAAAGGUACUGGAGGAACGAUGGGGGAGAACGGAUUAGCGAUAGGGACUGGUGCUUGA